AUGCUUGAUAUAGAUGAGAACGUUGUCAGACGGGACUCCUUAAUACGUGUUCAGUGUUUUGCUGUCCUUGGUACGGCAGUACAUAUGCAUGGUGCCCAUUUGGUCAGGAUGUAUGUGUUACCCCACGGAGGGUUGACAAGUUUAAAUUUAAGAGUUCAUAACAUUAUUGUAUGAGAAUGAGUAUGAUCUGAAGAGUUAUCCAGUUCGUAAGGACCAGUUAUUCGUCGGCCUCGGGGAAUAAAGGCCCUCCUAUAGAUUCACAAUAAUUCAUACAUUAAAAACAAACUUAUAUUCUUACUUCGAGCGAUGUAAAGUUACCUCUUCAUUGGCUCGUUCCGUGGCAAAUUACGGAUUUAAAGGGAUUGUUUACUCCAGCCGAUCUUGCUCAAAUAUCAAAAUACGUUGAGUUGUAUUUUUGUUGUUUUUCGCCACGUUUUCAGGCAUUAGUUCUGCUAUCUUUUUCGCAAAAUGUGUGAAAUUUUCCGCUAUUUUCUCUAGCACUACAUAUACCAAGACAGCCGAACUAGCGCAACUUCGUCACAUAGCUUCUAGGUUGCCGUGCCUUUUCUUGUAAUUACCCUGAAGCACUGACGUCAUUUUGUCGGAUAUUGCAAACGUCUUCAAAAAUUAAGUCGACGUUGACUAAUUGUGAAGAAUCAGUCGGAGGAUUUCCGCCAAUCAGAAACAGAGAAUUUCUUUUUGAAUUAAUAGUGAUAUCUAUUGUUUGUGUUGUAUUUUCUUAAGCUAUGAUAUGAAAAGCUUGACAGCGGAACCAAACAAACACUACAAGGCUGCCGCUGGGGAGCAACUGGCAUUUGGUCCGGGAGAGAUUUACAAGGAAGUUAAAAUUGGUAUCAUUAACACAGAUAACAGCUUUGAAGGCAACAAAACCUUUCAAGUCAUUUUCUCAAGUUCUCAGAGGUCCGUGACGAUGAAAGGACCGCAGCAGGUCAAUGUAACUAUCAUGUACACUAAAGGUAAGAGAAAUUCGUUUAUAUCUACCUGGUGUUUUGAAAACUGGGCUACUAAAAAAUGUCAGUCUCUCUCCCACUGAUUGUUAAUUUAAUGGCCCUUUUUUGCUGGAAAAGCAAAAUCUUACCGGAAAAUAAACAUUGUAUUCAUCAUGCAUGCACGCGAAGCUUUCUUUGUUAGGCUGGAAAAUAGUACAUUUUACGGAUUUGUUCCAUUAUCAGCGUCGCCGAUUGCAAAGCCAUUCCCCCAAUUUACC